AGACAUGAUGCACGGAUCAUUUCAUUCUCACUGCUUCCUGUUGCAGAGGGAGUCGCUGCAGAGUGUCUAAAACUCUCAUUAUAAAUAAAUUUAAUGUAUUUUUCACUGCACAACAUGUCAGAGUGGGAUGAUUCCAGAGCCAGCACCUCGACUGCACUUCCUCAAACUGCUGCUCCCCGCGUGUGUGUGUGUGUGUGUGUGUGUCCAGCCUGUACACACACUCACUCACACACUCUGAGCAGGAAGCGGAACCGAACCUCAGCUGAGCAGCACCGUGUUCAGGAGAGUGUGUGUGUGUGUGUGUGUGAGAGUGUGUGAGCGUGUGUUCCAGCGGGCUCCGGUGCUGUGGAGGCCCGACAUGGCAGGUCUGAGGAGCGGACCCGGAGCGACCGUCUCCCCGCAGAGAAGCCGCGCUGCGGCCGUCACGCUGCUGUCGGCGCUGCUCACCUGCUGCGUCAGGUGUGCGGCGGAACCGAGCGGCGGCAAGCCGAGCAACAUCAUCCUCAUCCUGGCCGACGACCAGGAUGUCCAGCUGGGCGGGAUGACCCCGAUGAAGAAAACUAAAAUGUUAAUAGGAGACGAAGGAGCAACGUUUGUGAACGCUUUCACGGUCACGCCGCUGUGCUGCCCCAGCCGGAGCAGCAUCCUGACGGGUCGGUACCCCCACAACCACGGGGUGAGGAACAACUCCGUGUCCGGGAACUGCUCCAGCGUCCAGUGGCAGAAAGGCCCCGAGACCGAGGCCUUCCCCGCCUACCUCAACAAGCUCAAGUACCAGACGUUCUUCGCUGGGAAGUAUCUCAACCAGUACGGAAAGAAAGACGGGGGAGACGUUUCACAUGUUCCAACUGGCUGGGACCAUUGGCACGCACUGGUGGGAAACUCGCAGUACUACAACUACACACUCUCAGUUGACGGCAAAGGAGAAGUGCAUGGAGACAGCUAUGAGAAGGACUACCUCACAGACCUCAUCACGAACCGGUCUCUGAACUUCCUGGAGAACCGGAGCCCUCAGCAUCCGUUCUUCCUGAUGCUUUCUCCUCCGGCUCCUCACUCCCCGUGGACGGCGGCGCCGCAGUACCAGAAAGAGUUCGUCAACGUCAAAGCCCCUCGAGACGGGAGCUUUGACAAACCGGGGAAGGACAAACACUGGCUGCUGCGUCAGCCCGUCAACCCCAUGCCCAGCAGCUCCCUCGACUACCUGGACAACGCGUACAGGAAAAGGUGGCAGACGUUGUUGUCUGUGGACGACAUGGUGGAGAUGCUGGUGAAGAAGCUGGAGAGUAUAAAGGAGCUGAACAACACCUACAUCUUCUACACCUCAGACAACGGCUACCACACAGGUCAGUUCUCGCUGCCCAUCGAUAAGAGGCAGCUGUACGAGUUCGACAUCAGAGUGCCGCUCCUGGUCCGCGGUCCUGGGAUCAAACCGAAACAGACACUGCAGGCUCCGGUGAUGAACAUCGACCUGGCUCCCACCAUAAUGGACAUAGCUGGUGUCAACCUGUCGACAGUGAACGUGGACGGUCAGUCGUUCCUCUCUCAGAUGGCUCCAUCGCUGCGUAACGGCACCACACGUCCGCUUUUCCUCGUCGAGUACACCGGAGAGGGACAUCCAACGACCGAUCCUGCCUGUCCCAAACUCGGCCCGGGGCUGUCUCAAUGUUUCCCAGACUGCGUGUGUGAAGACGCCUUCAACAACACCUACGCCUGCGUCAGGACCCUCGACGGCACAACCGACCUGCAGUACUGCGAGUUUGCAGACACGGAGUCGUUUGUAGAAGUGUACAACCUGACGUCGGACCCCCACCAGCUGGAGAACGUGGUGAAGAAGACGGACCCGUCCAUCCUGCAGGCGAUGAACCAGCGGCUCAUCAAGCUCCAGUCCUGCGAGGGCGACAGCUGCCGCGACAUCAAGUGAAGACGACGCCGCCGAAACAGCCUCCACCCCUCCAACCCUCCUCCUCCUCCUCCAGCCUCACAGUGGAGGUGGAGCUGGUUUAUCUGUUUGUUGACCACAAGUAUAGCUGGAGAAGCCUUUUUUCAGACCGAUGUUUCCUACUGUGAAGUUUUUGACCCGGCAGGAAAAGUACAGGUUGUCACUAAUGAAAUGAAACGAUGGCGACGAGUCUGUUGAGCGGCUCCAGUUUCAGGGUCCUGGUAUUGUGCAUGCUGGCUCACUGUCACUCUGUCAAGGUUUACUGGGACGCUUCAACAGAACCGAGCCAUCGAUAAAGAACGAGCUGAUACCGUCCUCCUGUCUGUCCGGUGAAUAUGUAGCUGGUGACGUUUAUGUCAGAUCAGCGUACAGACGGUCUCUGUUAUUAAUUCUAUGCAACGAUUCCCCCAAUAAGGACUUAUUGAAGCUUAAAAGAGCAGUUUAAGAUUUUUGGAAAUGGAAGUUUUAGAGUCCAAGUGGGCAUUUUUACAUAAUUUCUACCAGCUGUUGCCGCGGCGGAGGAAUGAAGGGAGAAACGGUGAGCCGGGUUCUGUUCAGAGCUGAUCAAAUCGGCCUUGCAGCUACUCUGAAGCUCACUGAUUCUCACCUCAUGUCAUAAUUUUGAAAAGCUGAUGUGUAAAAUCACAGUUGGAGCCAGAUGACCAAGAAAUCCUCUGGUGUCAAGUCGACCUGAGAAAAGCGUCGGGCAGAUGGGUUCAGAAACACCACUUGGUCAAACCAAACGCAGAACCGCAGGCAAACAAGCGAUUUGUUAAUUUAGUUCAUUAUCAGUACGUUUGCUAAUGAUUCCUUGCUCUUUUCUACACUUUUGUACUUUUACACAUAUUUUCAUGGACGCUUCACCAGAACAAGAAUAUUUUCCAGAAUCACAAACUUUUCCUGUUAAUGUUUUUAUCAACAGCCGUACUUUUCCUACGACAAGUCAAAAUGUUUCGCAAAUGUGAAAAAGACCUAUUAUUUUCUGAGCUGUGCUCGUUAAUCUCACACUUUUACUUCAUUAUAUAUUCUUUUAACAUAAACUCCUUUUUCCCAGUUCAUGUUUUGCAGAUUGUCUCUGCAUAUAAACUGCACUUUUAACUUACUGUUGUUCUUUACAAGUUCAGGAUUUAAAGUGCCGUCGAAGAUCAGCCAGACGUGGAGGUUAAUAGUUUUGUUAUCAAAAGAUUCACAGCCAAAGAUUUUCUGCUACGCUGCAGCUCGUUAACCAAAUCAGCUCUAAAGGAAUAGUUUCCUUCUUUGGAAGUAGGUUGGAAGAUUAAAAGUCUUUGUUUGGUGGACAUGAUUCAUUGUGCCUCAGAUUUUAAAACUUGUACUCUCAUGUUUAUUACAAUCAUUCACACAGAGUAUUAAUAAUAACAUUUUAGAGCCGUUUUAAAGUGGAGGAUGAGCGAAGUGAUGCGAUGGUUUCGAGAUGUGACGUUUUCUUUGUAAUUGUGAGGAAUUCAUUAAAGGGAAGUUUCACGUGUAAACAGAAAUGAACGCUUUAAUCCUGUGCGCCUUGUAUUUGCACUCACGAGCCUCGUGCCUUUUUAAAUGUGAAUGUAUUUGCACUGUGAUGAAAUUGAGUCAAAAUAAAUCAAAGCAUUUAAAAAGUG